UAACACUGAAGCAUAAUUCAUUUUAUUAUUCCGAGUGUAGUGUAUCAUAUUUCCUUAAAUGGUCUAAUGGCAUCUUUUGUAUUUGUGCUUCAUCUUAAAUUUUAGAAGUUCAUCCUCAGGAUUAUGAUUGAUGAUCAUAAGCUGUUUUGGUGCCCCCUCCAGCACUCGAUGCCCUACAUCAGUGAUACUCAACGUACAGCCUGUGGGCCAAAUCUGGCCCCUGAUAUGAUACCAGGUGGCCACCCAACCAAUUUUCAAAUUCACAAUGAGAAUAAACUGAUUGACACUGGGAGUUAUUUCUUGUACUUUGAUAUAAAUAAGAUUAUGGACAAUGUCAGAGGGCAUAAAAAGCAUCAAAAUCAAGCUUAUUUAUCACAGAAAGGAUCAAGUGAGGAUCCCUUGGACCCCCUGACAGAGGUUUGGGCUAAGCCCUGAAUGACCUCAAAUCCUAGAAACACCCCUGUGUACACCUGACCUGUGCAGAGCUGCUGUGGCUGCCUUCUGACCUCCUGUCAUUUUCUGCAAAGCAAGUUCAGAAUCCCUGCCAUAUGCACAGACUUGAUGGUGUGUAUGUGCCGACAGUGAUGCACUACCUUCAGGAUUAACAGAGGCAUUCUAAUGAAAUGAAAUCUGUCUUUGUUGUUUAAGCAUUUAAAACAAAAUGUUAAAAUCUUUUAAGACAUUAAUUGUAAAAAUUAUUUGCUACUUGACUCCCAAGAACUGUGUUUUUAGUUAUCUCUUCUCUUUCAACACUCUUUUACGCUGUAUUAUUGUAUGUGUAUUGUUAUGAAAUAAAGUUAUACAGAUGCCUGUUUGAAUCCUUGUAUUCAGUUAAGUAAAAAAAAAAAUAGUAAAAAAAGAAAGAGGGCGCAGGCAUGUUUGAUCCUUCAUGUUCUUGCUUGUGAGUGUAAACAAAGCUUGACCUUGCUUUCAAAUGGCUGUAACAGGAAAUGAUGCAACAGGGAUGGGCUGAGCUUUCAGGAAGAGGUGUUGGCGAUCACUCGGGUAUAAGAUGGCACAGGAGAGAAACCUUCUGAAGCGCAGUGCAGUAUUCAUCUCAGCAACAUUUCCAGUAUGUAGAUGCCACCACACCAUGUUUCAAGAGAGAUGGCCAGCAGCUGAUAUCCAGUCUGAUGAGGCAUACACAGACUUCAGAAGUUGAUCCAAAAUGACAACGGCAAAGCCUCCUUGGUCCAUUGAAAACUGGACUGAGGAAGAUGUCCACCACUGGCUGAUCACAGAGGUCAAAGUCCAUCAGAAAGAUGCAGACAGAUUCUUUAAAGAUGAAGUGUCAGGAUCAAGUUUAGAUGUUUUUGAAAAGACAGACAUAUUGGACUUGGGAAUAAAACACGGUCCUGCUGUAAAAAUCACAUCCUAUCUAAGAAAUCUGAAAAAAGGAUCACAACAUGAGUCGCAGUUCCCAGCAUAUGUGGAAAACUGGACAAAGGAGCAAGUGGCCCAGUGGUUACUGCAGCAUGUUAGGAUAUACAACAAAUAUGCAGUACGAUUCCAAGAGGAAGAUGUGUCUGGAGAUUGCCUUGUUUGCUUCACGAAGCAGGAUUUACUGGACCUGGAAGUGAAAAGCGGUCCUGCUGUAAGAAUUCUGGCAGAACUCCGUCAGCUGAAAAACAAACCAGAGCCGACACUGCAACCCAUCCUUCACACCAGCACAGACCAAACAGAAGCUUCAAAUCCCACUCAGCCUAAGCUGAGUCUGGCGCAGGCCACGGCAUCCGAACAACCAGAAUCAUGUGACAAUAUUGAAUCAAAAACAGACAAUAUGGUGGAAAAUGAACAAGAAAAGACUCAGCGACCAUCCAAGAAAGCUUCAGAGAAGGAGGAAAUUCAGCAGCCAAGGCCACGAGACUUGGGGGCCAGGAGAAAAGAGGUUUCUAAAACUACAGUCCUACAAGACGCAUCCAAGAUUAAACUGGAGAUUCAGAAGACCCUAGCCAACCUUUCAAAACAUGGCCUGAAAGAAUUCCAUUUCAACUUACGAGAAUACUCAAACUCCAAGAAUACACCUAUUCCUCUGUGUAAAGUGAAAAAGAUUGAUACCAUGGACACAGCUACAUUAAUAGUUGGGCACUUCGGAAGCAAAGAUGCUUUACGAGUCACAAAAGAUGUUCUAAAAGAAAUCAAUCAGCUUCAACUCAUUUGUGACCUGGAAAAGAACAUGGGCCAACUGGAGCAGCAGAGUCUUACAGAAUAUGUUUUGAAGAAAGAAGCUAACCAGGGUGACAAACUAAAGAAUUUAUUAACUUGUGGUGGGAACACACUGGAUAAUUAUAACAGAUUUGUUGUUGUAGUAAACAAGAGCAGUCCAGAACAAGUGCAGUAUCUACAGUUCUUGAAUAAGCUAAAACUGUUCUGUGUGCUGGACUUUGACCCCAACUCCAUUGCUCCAGGUGGACUGUGUCAUUCCUACAGAGAGUCAAGGGUGGCCAAUCUUCACACUCCAUCACAAUAUCAAGGACAGACUGAGUCAGUAAUCAAGAACCUGAACCUCUGCAAACAGACUAGCUGGGUUUUCUGCAAUGGCAGACAUGAUCUUGACAGUGACUCAAACAAGGAGUUAGACUAUAGGAACUGGCUGAGGAAAUCCUGUGGAGUUGUAGACCAAUUGGUUUCAUUCAUUUGCAACCCUGAAGUUCUUCUUCAUGGAAGAAGUCUCAUCAUAUUCCUCCUGCUUUCACCUGUGGAUACUGAGAAAGACCCAAUCUUUGACACCUACAAGUCUUUCAUAAAAUACACUGAAGAGGAAGGCAUCAUCACAAUUUGUGAAUCUCAGCACUCAUAUGAGAAAUGGAGGGAACUGAUACAAGAAAAGUGUGAGUCUGACAUUGACCCACGAUCCAUAUACGCUCUGACCCUUAGCGAAGUCAAUGGAACCAUAAUGGCACUGGGACCAUUCAAUCAGUCCACUGGAAGGCUGCUUCCCUCCUCUGGUUCCAGUGCUGUUGUCCUGAAACAGAAGGACGAAGAUUUUAUGCCUGCUCUGGACAUUUUGUGCCUGAAUCAGUGUGAAAACAUUUAUGAUGAAAACAGUCAAGAGUUUCAUGACUUCAGGAUCAAAGUUGAGGAGGAGUUCUACAGAGGAGGCAAAGUCAAAUGGUGGAACUUCUACUUCUGUGACAAAGACAAAGACAAGCCAUUUGUCAAGCGGGACAAGUAUGAAAAUGUGAAGAAGAUGAUCAGGUCUCAGUUGAGAGACUCAAAAAACAUGUGUGCUCUGCUCAAUCUGUUUCACGAUCCAGGCUGUGGUGGCACCACCUUAGCAAUGCACGUGAUGUGGGAUCUCCGUCAUGAGUUCAGAUGCGCUGUGCUGAAAGACAACACACUACCAAAGACAGAAGUUGCCAUUCAAGUUCAAAGGCUCAUGAGACUUGAAAGUGAGAGACCAUCUCCAGUUUUGCUGUUAAUCGAUGACUCAAAGGAAACUGGGAAUCCUCAUGAUCUUGUGAACUGCAUACAUAAAGCUGCAUUAGAGGACAGCUUAAAUAUGGAUGAUGCACCAAACUGCAAAGUGAUCAUCCUUAACUGUGUUCGUUCCCAUAGCCCAAAGGACCAGUACAAACAGCACAAUCCAUCACAAGCUCAAUACAUAACUGCUUCAUUGACACAAGAAGAACAGAAGGACUUUGAAAAGAAACUCAAAGAGCUUGAAGAAACCCAUGAAAACCCUAAAAACUUUUACAGCUUCAUGAUCAUGAAGCGCAAUUUUGAAGAAAAAUACAUCAAUGAUCUUGCUCGUAACACACUGGUGAACUUUGAUUUCAGCAAAAAGGAGGCCCGACUGUUUGCCUUCCUGGCAUUACUGAACACCUACGUGGCAGGAUCUGAAAUUUCUCUCUCUCUUUGUGAAGAUUUUUUGGGGAUGAAAAUGAUUCGCUGGCAAGAGGACAGUAUACUGGACAGAAUGAAGCCAUAUUCAAACUUUCUCAUCAUAGACACAGUUGAAGAAUGGGGAGGAUACAAAGGAAUCCGAAUCCUUCAUCACUCCAUAGCAUCUGCAUGUCUUGAUGAGUUUGAGAGAAGCUGCUAUUUGAAAGUAAGCGAUAUCACUGUAGAGAUUCUUCACUGUGAUCUGUUCUUCAGUGUUGGAGUUGUCAAACACAGAUUCAUGCUAUCAAUUCAACGAAUGUUGAUUGAAAGGCACCGCAAAAAAGGCGAGAGAGAUGAGAGAGAGCCAUUUUCUCCUCUCAUAGGCAAAAUCCACAACCAGCAAGGGAGACAAACUGUCCAAGAAAUCUUUGUGAAAGCAUCAUCCAGGUUUGUGACAAGUGCAUCUAUUCCACAGGCACUGGCAAGAUAUUUGUGCAUCAAUGAGCGUGACUUCCCAGAGGCUCUGAAAUGGGCAGAAAAGGCCAAGAACAUUAAGGAAAACCCAUACACAUUUGACACAAUUGGGCAGAUUCACAAAAGCAAUUUAAAAUCUAACAACCACAAAGAAAAGCAGGAGACAUCAUGCAAUCCAGAAGACCUAAACACAAACAUUAAAAUAGCAGAAAAUGCCAUCACAGCAUUUAGAAGAGCUCAAGAGCUGGCAAAUGCAGAGCAUGAACCUGAGAUGGAGGCUGCUGAUGAUGAGUCAGAUGACUAUCCCAGAAAGUCAUAUAAUGUUUUUGGCUAUGUGGGUGUGCUGGAAAUUGCCUUCCUUGUCCUUGAGAUUUUGAGCAGAUUGCCAUUCUUUGAGCAAAGUGAUCCAAUGAAGAAGAAGUACUUGCAGAGUUUUCUGGAAAAAACAAUCCCAAUCACCAGCGUGUAUAAGGAGGACAAUGAGAUCAACAAUAGAUAUGUGGAGAUCAUCAAAGAACACAAGCAGUUUCUCCUCAGUUUGAAAACUGAAGUAAAGGAAAUGUUUGAACUUUUGGACUGUUACUUCACAUAUAUAAAAGGGAACAAUUCAGAUUUUGAUUCAAAGAAUCAUCAGACCGUCUGUAGUCAUUUUAAAGACUAUGUAAAUCUUUUUUGCACUGCACCAGAGGAAAAAAAAAAAGAACGACAAAACAAUCCUAAUCUUGAUUUGAAAAUCGAUAUUGAAGAACGAAAAAUGUUCCUUGAAGAGAAAAAUGCAGAUACAUUUGCAGGAAUUAUUCAGCAUUUGUACAAACCUGCUGAAGAGAUUGAGAGCAUCACAGAAUGUUAUGCAUUCUUACAAAAAAACUUUAUCAACAAAAAACAAAAGACAAAGGAAACAAUCAAUUACAUUUUGUCAAACAUAGUUCUUUACAUUCUGAAACCAAGAUCUAAACAUGUCAAGAGUAGUAACCACCUCUCUGCUCUACUUUCGAAAUCUCUGCAAGAUGUAGGACUUGGGUAUCACUUCCCCGACCCAUACUACCUGGCUUUGCUCUUAUUCUGGCCAAGUCCUACUCAGGAAAACACUGAUAUCUGCGUAUAUGUGAGAGCAAUUCGAAACUCAUAUCACAAGCGCCUGACUUCAUGGUUUCGAAACAGGAGCACUGUUGCCCACUUCUUUUUGGGGAAAGAAGAGGGACUCAAGAGGCUUGUUUCUAAACCCCAACUGGAUGAGAACUUUAAAGAGAUGCGCCGUGAUAUCUUGGCACAACACUGGCGGAACGGAGAUAUAUUUAAAGAAAAAGCAAUAAUUGACCGCCUUCAACGAGUCAGUGGAACCAUUGAGCAAGGAGAGGUGUUUGCCAAUUAUGGAAAACUGAAGAUCCCUGUUCGUCCAGCUCUUAUUGCUGGUAUAAGAAGUGGUUUCAGCACAGAAAAGGUUUCUUUCUACCUUGGUUUUGCUGUUAAUGGACCCCUUGCUUAUGACAUCCAGUAUGAAAACUAGGGUAGUUGACUGUACAAACACAUGCAACACAAGCACUGAGAAAAAACAAAACAAUCACCAGUGUGUAUGAGGACAAUGGGAUCAAUAACAGAUAUGCGGAGAUAAUCAAAGAACACAAGCAGGUUCUCCGCAGUUUGAAAACUGAAGGAACUGACUGUCUGUGGUCAUUUUAAACAGUAUGCAGCUCGUUUUUGCAACACACCAGAGGACACAAGUCAAAUUUUCAAUCUGAAAAUGGAUAUUGAAGAAAGAAGAUUAUUUCUUGAAGAGAAACAUGCAGAUACAUUCACAAGGAUUCUUCUGCAUUUGGACAAACCUGUCGAAGACGUUAAGAGCAUUUCAAAACUCGAAAAAGGAGCACUGUUGCCCACUUCUUCUUGAGGAAAGAGGAGAGACUUGAGGCUUGUUUCUAAACCCAAACUGGAUGGAAAACUGAAAAUCCCUGUUUGUCCAGCUCUCACUGCUGGUAUAAGAAGUGGUUUCAGCACAGACAAGGUUUCUUUCUACCUUGCUUUUACUAUGGAUGGACCCCUUGCUUAUGACAUCCAGUAUGAAACCAUGGGUAGGUGAUUUUUACAGACAUGUGAAACAAGCAUUGAGAAACGAGCUGUACAGUGGAAAAAAGUGGUGUGGCAUCUAGUGACUCACUGUAAUGGAAUUUCAAACACACCUCAUAAAAACACACAAGCAAAUUAUAUGUAAAACAGAUUGUGGGGUUAAAUUAAUCCUGCGGCUCAAGCUAUAUAUGUAUAUAUGUUUUUAUAUUCCUUUUAUCUUAUUUAUUCUUUUAAAAACAUUUGUAAUCAUUUUUCUAAGGAUUUUUUGUUAUCUCCUGCAGGUGUAGCAUAUAGCAUAGCAUAUUCACCUAUUCAUUUAUCUGUAAGUGCAAAUAUUAUAAUACUGUAGUUGAGCAUUGUUAUUUUGUAGGACAAACAAAUGCAACAUAAGUGCUGACCCAUGAAUUGGACAGAAAGGAAAAACAGGUGUGGCAUCUAGUGACUCAUUGUGAGGGAAUUUUAAAUACACCUCAUAAAAGCACAGACAAAUGAUAUGCAAGACAGACUGCAGGGUUAAAUUCCAAUCCUGCAGCUCUAGCUGUAUUUAUGUUUUUAGAUCUUUUAAUGUCAUUUACAUUUUUUUUAAAUCUAUUUUUGUUGCUUUGCUGCAAAUUCAUCGAACUGUCUCCUACUGAUUUAUCUCCAAGCACAAUUAAUGUAAUACAGUGGUUAACAGUGAACCUAUUGCUCUUUUUUGUUUGUUUGAAGACAAAGAGAUCAAGGAUCCCCAGAGCUCCAACAUUCCAGUUGAGAGCCAUUAAUGUAGAAGACAGAUCGCAGACUUAAAUAUCUAGCCUGCAGCUCUAGAUGCAUAUAUGAAUAUGUUUUUAGAUUCUUUUUGUGUCAUUUUAUUUUUUAACCAUUUUAUCCACUUUUUGUUUACUUUUUUGUUUGUUGCAGAUUUACCCAAAUCCCAGCUGAGAGACACUGAUCUAUCUCUCAAUAAUUCUGUAUUUUUCUGUUAUUACAAAUUGUUCAUUGUUAUUGAACAGAUAAGGGUAAAAAAAUGAAACAAUGGGAUCAUUAUCUCCUGUUCUUGUGUGAAAAUGUGAUUGAAUGAAACAACAUAAUUUGCUGUAAAUGUGUAUGUAAACUAUGAUUGGCUGUGUGCCUGGUCCUACUUUGUAUUUGUUGUUGUAUUAAAUGUAGAUUUGAAGUUUACACCAUUUUCACAAUACAAUAUUUUGUCCACACAGGUUUUUUUUGUUUUAGAUAUUCCAUACUGUGACUGUAUUUCUAAUAUGCAUUGUUUUCCUUUGUAUGUAGCCUGCUUUUGGAGCAACAACUUUUUAAAGACGUAAUCUGUUGAGAACCAUGUUAGACUUUAUAUUAACCUUAUUAAACAUAUAUGUCAUUAUAAACAUUUUUGAACAAAUCAUUUUCAAAUAGUGUGGCUGAUUGUUGUGGAUAGCAGGUUUUCUAAAGGGACGGGAUUUUGUUGUACAAAGGUUUUUCAGCUCUUAAUGCUCAAGUAGCCACAUGUAAAAUCUGUUUGACCAUUCCCGUGCCCCCCCAUUAUCAUAAACUAUGAUGUGCUAUCUGCUGCCUGGUCAGAGGUCACAGACCUCAGUUUGUAUUUUUGUAUGGAAAUUUUAAGUUUGGCACAAUUUUGUCAAUAUUUUGUUCAUACAGGCAUUUUCCUUCAUUAUUAUUGUCAUUUUUUUAGUACUUGAUAUUUUGCUUUUUUUUAUUUGCAUUUGUUUUUUUUUAUGUAGCUGACUUUUGGAGAUACGAGCUCUUUUUGAGGACUUAAAGAAUAAAGGAUGAAAGCUUCAUAUUA